UGAUGUUUUACUCGAAAAAAACCUUUUGUUCUGAGUUUACAUGGCGCACGCGAAGGCAGCACCGCUUUCAUCCACUUUGAGCUCUUAUUUUGAAAGUGGCAUUACGGAAGUUGUUCCGACACGUUGAGGAGGAGACAACCGACCAACAACAAACAAACGUCGAUUAACCGCAGCGGCAUCCGUCAGCGUCCCCGCGGUGGUCUCUCGCUGCCCGGCUAACGGAAGGACCAGUUGACCGCGGACAGCUGACCGGACCCCGCACUGUCCUCCCGCACGCGCCGCGCGUCCCUCAUGGUGGUUUAUAACUGACGUUUUCGGCGGUUUGUUGUCGUUUCACGUCCGCGCAUCAUGACGAGCUACAAGGCGUUUCACUCCCAGCUGACGUCCAUCAUGGAGGCGCUGACCAGAGCGGCCGUGGCGGAGAUCUGCGAGCUGGUGGACGACAGCUACGCGGUGCUGCAGCUGGAGCUGAGCCGCAGCCACAAGGAGAACGAGGCGCUGCGGAGGAAGCUGGAGCUCAUCGAGACCAUCAUCGCCCGGGGACACCGGGGGAGCGCCGCGGUGCUCGGCGACGGCGGGCUGGAGGCGGCCGGCCGGGGGGGUGUGGGUUUCACCGUCGAGCGUGCCUUACCAGCUGCAGCGAGGCCCAAACAGUCGAAAGCAAAUCUGAAAAGAAGCGGACGGGUCGCUGCGCUGGAGGUGACGGCAGAGCUGACUCCUGGGGGAAAAGAGGAUUCGCCGGGAGCUGCGGAGGAGCCCAGCGAGCAAGAUGUUGUUUUGAUAAAGGAGGAAAUGGCCAAAGAGGAGGCGGACAGGAGCGACGACACGGACGAGCUGCUCAUCAACGAGGACGGGACGGAGGUGCAGCCGUCAGACAGAGAGGACAGUGAUGAGGGACCCUCCGGGAUGAGGACCUCAGCGGCCGACAUGCGGCUGUGGGAUCAGAACAGCGACGAAGCGUCAGAGCGUCAGGAAUCCCACGGUGCACCGGGGUCUCCGGGCCCUGCAGGCGGCGCCGAGAGCUCGUCAGACGUGGUGUUUGAUCUGGCGUCCGAGUCGGACUGCGAAGCUCCGACGAGGAAGCCGUUCCUGCUCGGGUCCGGAGGGAGCCCCAGCUCGCUGCUCGGGACCUCUGAGCUGAAGCGAGGCGUGUCCCUGAUCAGCUCCCUCCCCUACGACUCAGACCUGGACCUGUGCUCGUCGUGGACCGGUCAGGGCCUGCCCAGCAUGGUGCCCGUCCCUCAGCGGCCGACGCUGCUGGACAAAGUGUCAGACCUGAAUGUCGCGGGUUUCCCUUUAGCUCUGGGUCUCGGGGGAUCCAGAGUGGACCCGCUGGACCUGAACAGGUACUGCAGGGACAGACGCUUCGUCUGCAGCUACUGCGGAAAAUGCUUCACGUCGUCCCGCAGCCUGGAGACGCAUGUGCGCGUUCACACGGGCGAGCGGCCGUACAGCUGCGCUCAGUGCGGGAAGCGCUUCACGCAGUCGGGACACCUGAAGACGCACCAGAGCGUCCACACCGGAGAGCGGCCGUUCGCCUGCGAGCACUGCGGGAAGAGAUUCGCCGGGAAGCAGAACCUGAGGAUCCACCAGCAGAAGCACCAUCCGGCGGAGCAGAGCGCCGCUCCCGUUUAACACCGACACGAGGCGGGUUUCCAUCACACAUGCGCGCAACACUUAAUGUUUUCACAGUGUUGAUGAAACUCAGCGUGGAGCUGAUCGUGUUUCCGACCGUGUUUCCUCUGAGUGAUGCUCUGCGACUUCUCCUCUGACCAUAACAUCACAGUAACCAUGGCGACAGAUGUUCAAAACAUCAGCAGCUUUAUUUCUUAUUUUUGCAAAAUAAGUCUUUUUGGCAUCACCUGAAAUAACACCUCAAACUUUUUUCUGCAGUAAAUUGAAUUUUUUUUUACUAAAUCGCCGUGUCUCCAUUAGGCGUAUUUUAUAUUCGCAGUUUCAAUUUGCGCAGUUUAAGGGUUAAUGGAAACCCGCCUCCUGUCACCGCUGAACACUGCGAGCAGCUGAAUUUCUGCACUCGUGAUACUGAGCUCCAAAACUGUGAAAGACCAGGACCUCACUGCUGGUACUCAACCUGUCCUUUGAAUACAUCUUUUUUAUUUUUCAGUUGAAAGUUUUAAAAGAAAGUUUGCUUUAGAAAAACUGAUCCGUAGAUUCGACUGUUUUCCGUUCAUCAGGCCUUACACGUUUUUAACAUCUGAACUGCCUUGUACAAAUAUGACCUGGGGCCACACUCACAAAAAUUACUAGUCGAACUUGGGCUAAAACCUGGGAGGCGGGAACGUACUAGAAUAUUUUCGGCUAAAUUCGGAGCUCUCUGAGAGUUACACGGUUUGUGAUUUCGUGAGGAAGUAAAUCUGUUCCAUCUGAUUCUGAAAUUAAAAAGCCGUUGAAUUUCUAGCACUGAAUAUUUACACAUGAAUAUUAUGUAUCUGAAUUUUUUGCCUUUUUUCAGAUUUUCAUUGUCAUUUUC